AACUGACAUCAUUCAGGAGCAUUCAACAGCUCCUCUCUCUCUCCCCUCUCUCUCUCUUUCCACCUCUCUCUCUCUUUUUUUUCUCUGUCUCUCUACCUUCGUCCCUCUCCUCUCUCUCCCUCCGUCACUUAGCUAAACUUGUGUCCAAUUUGAAUAAGACCUCUUUCUGCUCCCAGCUCCCAAGCAGUCAAAAACAGCAGGAUCCAGGAUUUUCAAUUCACCCAAGCUAACCAACGGCAACUGCUGCUAAAGCCCUGGGUCAUUAUAAGGAGCUAAGACACAGCAACAAGAGCAGAAGACAAGGACAGGGACUGCAUUCAUUUGGUAAAACAUGGCUGCUUUUCUUCUGCUGUGUGUCUGCCUCGGGGUUGUUUCUGCAUCAGUGCUGUUUGGAGAUAUGGAUGAUCAGGACAGCUUGCUGAGUGUAAGCAUCCCAGUGGAGCAGCCACUGCGUCCCCUGCUGGGGGGGAAGACGGUCAUCCCCUGCUACUUCCAAGACAACACAGUUCACGACCCCGGAGCCCCCACCAUUAGCCCCCUGUCCCCACGCAUCAAGUGGAACUACAUUUACAAGGGUAAAAUCAGCCUGAUCCUGGUGGCCACUGAGAGAAAGGUGCAGAUCCAGCCUGAGUAUGAAGACAGAGUCACCCUGGUCAAUUACCCCUCAGUCCCCACUGAUGCCUCCAUAGAGAUCACAGAGCUGCACUCCAAGGACUCCGGGACGUACCGCUGUGAGGUCAUGCAGGGCAUCGAGGACAACUACGACUCAGUGGAGAUGCAGGUUCAAGGUAUUGUGUUUCACUAUCGGGCGAUCACCAGCCGCUACACUCUGACCUUUGAGGAGGCCAAGGAGGCCUGCAUCCAGAACAGUGCAGUUAUAGCCACACCUGAACAGCUGCAGGCUGCUUAUGAUGACGGCUUCCAUCAGUGUGACGCAGGCUGGCUUUCAGACAAAACUGUCAGAUACCCCAUUCAUGAGCCAAGGGAGCCCUGCUAUGGAGACAAAGAAACCUACCCAGGUGUACGAACCUAUGGAGUCAGGGAUGAUAAUGAGACUUAUGAUGUGUACUGCUUUGCACAAAAGAUGUCAGGCAAAGUCUUCUACUCCAUGUAUUAUAAGAAGUUUACCUUUUCCGAGGCAUCAGACCAGUGUGCAAAGCUCGGAGCACGUUUGGCCACAACAGGGCAGCUGUACUUGGCCUGGAAGGCUGGGAUGGAUGUAUGUAAUGCUGGCUGGCUGGCAGACGGGAGUGUGAGAUACCCUAUCAACAUCGCCCGGCCACAGUGUGGUGGGGGUCUCCUUGGUGUAAGGACUGUGUAUCUAUUCCCCAAUCAGACGGGUUUUCCUCUGCCUGACUCACGCUAUGAUGCCAUCUGCUAUGAAGGAGAGGAUGAAGUACCCAGUCUGCCAUUCCCAUUGCCCAAUGUUUACAGCACCACAGAGCCAGAGUUCAGCGUGGGCACCAUCACCCCCAGCCCCGCCGUCUAUACUGAGACUGUCACUACUGAGGGGGAGGUGCGGGGUGAGCUGGUUACUCAGGAGCCCUGGAGCACCACCACCAUAGAGGCACCCCUACCACUACCUCCCACCAUUACAGGAAACAUCACUGAGGUGGUGGAGGAGGUGAUUGGUGUGGCUACAGCUCAGCCUGGUUUCGGCCAUGAGCUGCCUGGAGAUAAUGUCAGCACUGGUUUAGAACCUAAAGGUGUGGUGUUUCACUACCACUCGGGAUCCAGGCGCUAUGCUUACACUUUUGAGGAGGCUCAGAGGACCUGUCAGCAGAUGGGGGCUGAAAUAGCCACACCUGAACAGCUGCAAGCAGCAUAUGAGGCUGGUCUUCAUCAGUGCAGUGCUGGGUGGCUGAAAGAUCAGUCUGUCAGGUGCCCUAUUGUUCAUCCUCGAAACAAUUGCUCUGGAGAUCAGGGAGAUGCUCCUGGGGUGCGUACCUAUGGGAUCAAACCUGCAUUUGAACACUAUGAUGUAUAUUGCUACAUGGAUCAAAUUAAGGGUGAGGUCUUCCAUGUUAGCACCUUGGCAGGCUUCACCUACUAUGAAGCAGCUGCCCAUUGCCACAGGCAAAAUGCCACCAUGGCCUCACCUGGAGAGCUGUAUGCAGCGUGGAGUCAGGGUUUUCAUUCCUGUAGCCCAGGCUGGCUGUCUGAUCUCAGUGUCCGUUACCCUGUGCAAGCCUCACAGCACGACUGUGCUAUGAAUAAAUCAGGAGUUCGCACUAUUUAUGUUAACCCUAACCAGACUGCAUUUCCCAGCCCAGAUUCCAGACAUGAUGCCUACUGCUUUAGAGCAAAUCUGUCUCUGCUAAUCAGCGAAGAUCUGCUGAACGCUACAUGGGAAGGCAUCGACCUCAACACUACAUAUAUAACAGAGCUUAUAAGGCCUGCUCGCCCUCUUGUCCCUCCUAAGUCUGUGGAGGAGAUUGGUUCUGGAUCUGCUUCAGGUGACAUCAGUUCUGGAGAUGUAUCGGGCAGUGGAGCCCUCAGUGGAGAUGUAUCAGGGAGUGGAGCCCCCAGUGGAGAUGUAUCAGGCAGUGGAGCCCCCAGUGGAGAUGUAUCGGGCAGUGGAGCCCCCAGUGGAGAUGUAUCGGGCAGUGGAGCCCCCAGUGGAGAUGUAUCAGGCAGUGGAGCCCACAGUGGAGAUGUAUCGGGCAGUGGAGCCCCCAGUGGAGAUGUAUCGGGCAGUGGAGCCCCCAGUGGAGAUGUAUCAGGCAGUGGAGCCCCCAGUGGAGAUGUAUCAGGCAGUGGAGCCCACAGUGGAGAUGUAUCGGGCAGUGGAGCCCCCAGUGGAGAUGUAUCGGGCAGUGGAGCCCACAGUGGAGAUGUAUCGGGCAGUGGAGCCCCCAGUGGAGAUGUAUCGGGCAGUGGAGCCCCCAGUGGAGAUGUAUCAGGAACUGGAGUGCCCAGUGAAGAUAAAUCUGGCAGUGGAGCCUCCAGUGGAGAUAUGUCUGCCAGUGGGCUGCCAAGUGGAGAUGUAUCUGGGUCUGGGCAGAGUGGUGAUGGUUCAGGCAUCUUUGUGAUCUUACAGAAAAGUGGAGAUAUACUUUCAGCAGAAGGAUCUGCCUCAGAGGGCCCUGAGGAGGCUGGAGAGGGGAGCACAAUCACUUUUUCCCUGGGAUCUGGGGACAUCAGUGGUGACCGUUCAGGAUCAGGUGACUUGUCUGGAUCUGGUCAGGACAGAGAUGGUUCUGGUGAUCUUUUGUCUGGUUUUGGCAGUGGAGAUAUGAUCACCUUCAUUGACUACAACCACAUUGACCUGUCCAUCCCACACAAUAAAACCGAGCAGGAGUUAGGUCGAGGACACCUUGAGGAGAGUGGAUUCAGUGGGCUCCACAGUGGUGACAUCAUGAGUGGGUCUGGAUUCAGUGGACUUGAUAGUGGUGACAUCAUGAGUGGGUCUGGAUUCAGUGGACUCGAUACUGUUGACAUCAUGAGUGGGUCUGGAUUCAGUGGGCUUCAAAGUGGUGACAUCAUAAGUGGCAUUGUAUUUCUGAACUCUGAAAUGACUGACCUGACCAGAAGACCUUCAGUGGAGCAGGAGGCGUCUGGAAUUUCUGGUGAUGUGUCUGGUGAUGUCAGUGGCUUCCCCACUGCUUCUGGAACAUAUAGUUUUCCAAGCCACCCAUCUGGUGAGGAACUGAGACCUAUUCUAGAGAAUGGAAUCAUUUUGCUGACAGACGAUAAGGCCAUGGAACUGACUUCCGGAGCUGCUGAGAGUGAACUGCAGGGUCGUCACUCUGUGAUGCUUAGUGGAGAAGGCAGUUCUUCUGAAUUUCACAUGGAGCAGCUCCCCACUGUUCUGCCUACUGAAUCUGUAUUUGAAGAGGAAUUGUAUAUGAGUGGCAGCAUAACUAACACCACCUUUGCAGACACAGAGGAAGAUAAUGCCACUCAUCUAUCACAUAUAAAUGCCACCAGUGCGGCAAACAUCACAGUAAACUACACCACCCCUCCUGCCCUAUCACUCGAGACACCAACCGCAGUGAAAAAGCCCACUGCCUCUGAGGCAGCCCCUGAUUUCUGUUCUCCAAACCCCUGUGGUGAUGGACUAUGUUUUGUGCAUGAUGGAACCGCUGUCUGCCAAUGUCCAGAGGGGUUUACUGGUGAAAACUGUUCAAAAGUGGUACAGGAAUGUGGAGAAGGCUGGGUGAAGUUCAUGGGCAGCUGCUAUAUUCACUCAAAUGAACGAAAGACAUGGACCAGUGCUGAGCAGCACUGUCAGGAGCUAAACGCUCAUUUGGUUAGCAUCGCCUCCCAGGAGGAGCAAUCUUUUAUCAACACUCAGGCUCAGGACUACCAGUGGAUUGGACUGAGUGACACAGACAAGGAAUCUGAGUUCCGCUGGACAGAUGGAAGCCCCUUGCAAUUUGAAAACUGGAGAACAAACCAGCCAGAUGAUUACUUUAACUCUGAGGACUGUGUAGAAAUGAUCUGGCACGAGUUUGGCCAAUGGAAUGAUGUGCCUUGUAACUACCAUCUUCCCUUCACAUGCAAAAGUGGACCUGUAAUCUGCCACACACCUCCUGAGGUAGAGCAUACCAGGAUAUUAGGAGACAAGAAGGAGUACUACCCAGUCAACUCCAUCAUCCGCUACCAGUGUCACACUGGCUUCACACAGCGCCACUUGUCUGUGAUUCGCUGUUUGCCAGAUGGCCAGUGGGAAAAGCCUAAAGUGGAGUGUGUAGGAAGCAAUGCAAACAUCAGACUACGGAAAAGAUCGCUCAAGCAGCAUUCAAAAUCAGCAAAGAGUCGAACAUGGAGGAAGGCCCAUUAAACAGGACUCAAGACCUGCACAUCAAAUCAUCUAGAGGACUGUUGUUAGUAAAGAGCAUCUCAACAUAAAUCUUAAGCGCCCAGAAGAGAACCUGUAGCCUCAGUAAGAGGGCCAACCUUGUAUAAUGACGCACAUUAGAUUCUGUUCUGUAGUCCGCCUGGCUUAUUGGUUUCCGAGUGUUACUUAGUGCCUUGCUGUUGGGGAGAAAGAAAGAACCAAGAAUAUUGAGUGAAAUUUUGUUUGUGAUGAUUUUUUACCUGUUAUGGAGAUCCUCCCUGUUAAUAAUUGGUAAUAUAUAUUGUGAGAAUUACUAAAAAAGUAUGUCAGCUUUUUAGAUUCCCUAAACUCAAAAUCAUGCUCUGUCCUCUUCAGCAGCUUAUUUUAUUAUAAUAAGUGUCUGAUUAGACACUGAGUCUUGCCUUAUAAGGGCAAACACAGAAAAAAAAAUUGAAUGAUAUGAACUACACCCCAAAUCCAUGAGCCGCUCAUUUUCAUUUACAGACUGAAUAUUUUCUAAAAAUGAAAAUGAGCCAAGACUCUGGACAUUCCCACCACUAAAACACAUUGUAUGUGAAAAUAUUCUUCUUCCAGGCCACCAGGUGACACUGUUGGACACAUUUAGAGUUUUGUUAAUCUACACAGCCACAUGUUUCCACUUAAUCCCUGUAAUUUAGUCACUUUACUGUUUGGUAACAGUUGUUUCCUCCUUUUUUGUAGGUUUAAGUGUGAGAGAAAAUGAGAAAGCGUGUGUGAAAAGAGUGAGUGAGUGUUAGGGUGGUUCUUGGCCUAAGAGUGACACUUGAAUGUUUAUAACAAGACAAAAGGCUUCAGUGACUACAGCUGAAUACAAUGAAGUCAAGUAUAUUAGGAUUUCAAGUUAAAUUUGUGGGAUACAGAUCUGCUUUACUUUUUGUUGUCCCUUCUGUUUAAUUCUGUAAUAUGUGCAGCAUGACUACAGACUGCAGGUUAUCUUUGUGAGACUGUGAAAGAUAAUAUACCCACCCGUUUCAUUUGCAUUUUAUAGAACUGCAUUAAAACCCUGCGUACGCUACCACUAUAAUAAACAGUAUUUUAAAACUAGUACACUAGUAUUAGCAGUGCAGUUAUUAAUACUGUAUGCCUAGUGCAGUAGUUUUGGUUGUGGAUGCAGUCUGACAGUGUUAAGGUGUUUACAUACGGAACGCGGUAUGCAUUCCGCUGUGCUGCCGCUCUGCUGAACGCUGGUGAGUUGUUGUUGCGUUGCGGUGCUGCUGCCGCGGAGCGUCUCCUGCUGAUAACAGGCGGGUUUUUCUAAAACUCGUCACGUCCACGACCGGUGUUUUGUAGUUUUGAGUCUCUACUGCAGGGGUAUUUAAUUAGAAUUCAGUAUGGUCCAGUUAGAGAAACUUUCAACAGGCCAAGGUCCGGACCGGUUGUUAACUUGUGUUAUAAUUAAGUGCUAUAUCCUGUAAGGUUGUUUGAACUGAAUGAUAAAUAUAUAUAUAUAAUAAUAAAAAUAAAAAAAUGCCUUUCUGGCCAGAUUUUGUAUACAUUCCUCAUCUGUCUCUCUGAGUUUAGUUUCCGCCCGUUCUCGUUUUUUCCGCCCGUUCUCGGGCUCCCUAUCACCUUAUAAAGAGGUUUUUUUCACGGCCGCGUCCCAAUUCAAUAGCCGGAGCAGCGGUACCGCGACCCUGACAACACGGGUUCGAACCCACGUGAGGAGCGGUGUGUUUAUUUAUUUAUUUAUUUUUUCUUUACCGCCUCUGCACAGAUGUGAUUGACUGAAGAGAGCGUUUGGUGAUCUUACCCCACACGUGAUUGGUCUGUGAUUUACUGCGCUGCAUAGGCGUAGGAACCGGGGGGGAUUAGAAACAGGUGGAUUUGUCCCCCCCAAAAAUGACAUCUUUUCGCUCAGAUCAGGUGUACUAAUUAAUGAGGAGACAGACCGGACCAAUCACGAAGCCGGUUCAAGUAUUAAGUCCCGCCUCUCAGUAGAAACAGCCAAUCAGCUUGCUGGUUUUGCGCCGCGCGAAGGAGAGGCAGUUUGCUGUUUGGAAGCCCCUCCCCCUCGCUGUGAGAUUUAGCAGCGGGAUCGGGACGCAGCAGCUGAUUUUAAAGCAGAUCUGGUUAAAAAUACACGUCUCUGAAUCAGCACACAGAUUAAACACACUGUGAUUAAUAAACUGCAGCUGUGUAAGUAAGUGAGCUUAACUUUGGAAUGAGCUAGAUUGGGAGUCAGGGUUAAAGAAAAAAAACUAUAUAUGUAAUGUUCAACUUACCCUGUACCUGAUCAGCUAAUCACUGUUUCAUUUUCAAUUAAUUUAGGAUUACAGGAUUUACUGUGAGCUAUAAUAAACGAAUAUUCAUUUAGCUAACUAGUUAACUAGAAGCCAGAUGUAGCGGAUAGCCAGAAUUUAGUACAGUACUUUGUGUUUGUAGUUUAAAGCAGUUUCUUAACCCCGAUCACUGCCCCAACAUUUUUCCACCUGAUCCAGCUGAUCAGCUAAUAAACAGUAAUUUACUGAGUUUACCUGUUAAAAUCCUUUAAAGUCAAAGUGUUUUUUAUUGUCAUUUCAGCUAUAUACAGAGUACACAGUGAAACGAAACAACGUUCCUCCAGGGACCAUGGUGCACAUAAACACAGUGUAGACAGAACAAUAGUGCAACAGUACAAAAGUGCAGACAGACAAUACAACACAAUACAGACAAAGAAUAAUAAAUGACAAGACAGUGUGAAAAUUUAGCCCCCUAUGGAGCCUAAAUUAAUCAUUAUGUAUAUCCAGCAGUGUAUUAGACACAUCAUACCACCACUAACUUUAUUAAAUGCGUUUAAAGCAGAGGAAGCUCUAGAAUAUGCAGAACAGUGUUAAUAUGCAGUAGAAUAUGUAAGAACAGGGUUGAGAAACACUGCUGUAACAUGACUUCUGUUCAUUUGUAGUUCACAGUAAGACCACAUGUCCUGAUGUUUAUAAAAAAUCUCUAUGAAACUUAGUUACAUUCUUUUACAUAAAAGGACACCAUCUUAAGAAGAGCUCUCAGUAAAAAAAAAAAAAAAAAAGCGCAGGAGAAAAUGUAAAUAUACAACAGAAUUGACAUGACAUAAUAAUAAUAAUAAUAAUAAUAAUAAUAAUAAUAAUAAUAAUAAUAAUAAUAAUAAACAAAUCUGUUAUAUUAUUUUAAAUAUUAGGUGAUAACUGAUUGUUUUUGUCGUAUGUAUAUUAUUCAGACAUUGCAUGCAUAAUUUUUUCUAACAACAGUAAAUGUAACGUGGAGUAACAUGUUUAGGUUGUUAAAUCACCUUAUAAUAAUAAUUUACUUUUAGAGUGGGCUUGGGUUCAUAUUGGCAAAUGUGCCCCCCCCAAUAUCAAGUUCGCUCCUACGCCCUUGCUGCGCUGCAAAGCACGUUUCCAAUAAAUCCUUCUCAGUAGGUAUAUGAGUGUAGGGAAGUGAUGUACAGCUCAGGGUGUUCACUAAUCAUUAAUAUCAGUCCUCUGUCUGUGUCUAUUGUUGUUUGGACUACAGUUUUUCCUCUGGUCGUGUGAGUUCACGUCAUGCGUUUUCUGCGCGGCUUGCCGCUUUGACCGCGGUGAGCGGUAGCGCGGUAGAGGCGUGCUUACCGGCGGGGAAACACGCCGCGUUCCGCUCUGCUCCGCGGCAGCGACGCACCGCUCUACCGCUGGAGAAACAAUCGAAACCUGUAGGGGUCAGCGUACCGCGGCGCACCUACCGCGUUCGGUGUGUAAGCACCUUUAGCAUUUUAGCUUUAAUGGUAGCUAAUUGGCUUCCUUUUGCAUUUGCCAGCGAGCUGAGAAAGAGAUCCCCCCACCUUGAAGACACAUCACUGAAAGAGGGUUUUCUUGCCUUGUAAAGCAGCGGUUCUCAAACUUUUUUAGUUGCAGGCCCCCUUUUGUGGAAGAUAAUUGCCAUUGCGGCCCCCAAACACCCAACCUGGAGUAAAAUAGAAAAACUUUUUGCAAUAUUUCUGUGUUUCUUUAUAAUAUAACUUUUUUUAUUAUAUAUUAUAUAUCUUUUUAAUUAUGUAUAUAUAAUAUACUGUAUAAUAUUUUUCCCUAACCUUUCCUUUAGUGCCCUAUUGUGACCCCCCAGUUUGAGAACCACUGUUCUUGAAUCGUACUUUGGCAAAAGAGGUAACAUCAGUUCCAAUGCACCCUAAGCUAAGCGAAGUCCUCCUCACUUCGCUUAUGUUAGCAGUGAGCAAGUAAUAGUAAUAAAGCCAGAAAGCUUGAGAAUGCUAGUAUCUGGUUAGCUGUGACAGAGUUCCUCUUAGGUUCAAAAUACAUCUUUGUUUUUUUUUUUAAAGAUUUUUAACUGAAAACAAAUUACCACAAUACAGAGAAUAUUGUGGCAAAAUAUGUCAUUUUUUACUUAACUGGUUUGCUAAUCUCUCAGUCUAGUCACUCAGUCUAGAUUAAACUAUUAUAAAGAAGUGUACUGUGUCCCAUUGACAAGUUAUGAAAAUAAAAUGAUACAUUUUAUUUUAUGAUACAUUUCCUCCUUCUUCGCCAUGUUAGUCACGCAGAUGUAAACAAAUCCAGCCACUCUGAUUCUUUUGUGAGCAAUUCCUUUUGAAGGGCCAAAUGAGAAGCAGAACACCAUUCAGCCUUGAGGUCUUUGUGGGCACGCCCAAACGGGGAUCACAGGACUUGCUAGUGCGCCAUUUGGGACACGGCAAUUGUCACUGGAACAACUCAAAUUCAAGUAAUGAAGUAAUUUAGUCACAGUUAAAUACAGCUCUGACAAAAAUUUAAUAAACCACUUCAGUUUCAGAAUCAGUUUUUCUGAUUUUGCUCUUCAUAGGUAUAUGUUUGAGUAAAAUUAGCAUUGUUGUUUUAUUCUAUAAACCAUGGACAAAAUGUCUCCCAAAUUCCAAAGAAAAAGGUUGUAAUUUAGAGCAUUUAUUUGCCGAAAAUGAGAAAUGGCUGAAAUAAAAAAAGAUGCAGAGCUCUUAGACAUCAAAUAAUGCAAAGAAAACAAGUUCAUAUUCAUAAAGUUUUAAGAGUUCAAAAAUCAAUAUUCGGUGAAAUAACCCUGGUUUUUAAUCACAGUUUUCAUGCAUCUUGGCAUGUUCUCCUCCACCAGUCUUACACACUGCUUUUGGAUAACGUUAUGCCACUCCUGGCACAAUAAUUUAAGCAGUUCAGCUUGGUUUGAUGGCAUGUUAUCAUCCAUCUUCCUCUUGAUUCCCCCUCUCAAUUUGGUAAAAUCAAAGAAACACAUAAUUUUUAAGUGGUCUCUUAUUUUUUUCCACAGCUGUAUAUAUAAAAAACUAAUUGGCAAGAAUGGCUAAUUACUCAUCAUCAAUGAUGACUGUAAUGAUGAUGAAGCACUACAGCACCCACAUUAACAUGUGCAGACACUUCAUUUGCGAAAGUACUGACAACUCCAGUAUAACUCAGAAGGUUCUCUGUGAGGUGAGUGGUGAUUAUUGCGCUGGUUCGUAUUCUAAUCAUACAGAGUAAUAUCCAACAUCUUUCAUAUGGCACUGUGUCUUGCUGUCAGCUGUUAUUUUCAACCAUGUUUAACUAAUUUCAUACCUGUCAGUGUGCCAUACCUGUAUGUCCAUCAAAUAAACAGAGACUAAAAGUG